UGCACGUAAGAUCUCUCUCUGCUACACUACACAAAGGCUCAUCACAGCUACAUUCACGGAUUCACAUACCAUAUGGCCGAGUCAACUCGCUCAUCGUCCCCCAACGCGCCACCAAAUCUCUCCGCCACAACAAUCCAAAACACCAGGUCUUGGCGUCUGGGUUUAUUCCUCUCCGCCGUGGCCACCGUCGUGAUAGCUUUACUUCUAGUCCGAUUUGAUACCUUCGAUGCGGCUCCCUACUCCUCCGACGAGUUAGCUAAGAAACCGAUUACUGUAAUACCACGAACCAAUCCUCGAGUGCUCCAUGGUUCCGAAAAGAUAGGGGAGGGUCAGUUAUUGGCUCCUGAAGACAUCCUGUAUGACCCGAAGUUAGGGGUUAUUUACACCGGCUGUGUUGAUGGCUGGAUCAAGCGAGUGACGGUGAAUGACUCGGUGGUGGAGGAUUGGGUUAACACUGGUGGCCGGCCUCUUGGACUCGCUCUUGGUUAUUCCGGUGAAGUUUACGUCGCUGAUGCUUUUAAGGGACUACUUAAAAUAACCCAAGAUGGUGAAAUAGAAGUCUUGACAGACGAGGCCGAGGGUGUAAAAUUUGGAACCACAGAUGAUGUAGUCGUUGCAAAAAACGGUGUAUUGUACUUCACAGACGCCUCUUGGAAAUACGAGUUGCAUGAUUUCGCAUUAGACAUAUUCGAAAAUCGACCUUACGGAAGAUUCAUGAGCUAUGAUCCAUCCACAAAGCAAACCAAAGUCAUUGCUCGAGAUCUCUACUAUGCCAAUGGUGUUGAAAUUUCCCCAAAUCAAGAUUUUGUCAUCUUUUGCGAAACCCCAAUGAUGAGAUGCAUGAGGUACUAUUUAGAAGGGGAAAAACAAGGUUCAAUCGAUGUUUUUAUUGAUAGAUUGCCCGGUAUGCCUGACAACAUUCGGUAUGAUGGCCAAGGCCACUACUGGAUUGCGAUUCCCACUGAGCAUACAUACGAAUGGGACCUUGCGCGUAAAUAUCCAUACAUACGAAAAGUUUUUGCAUUUUUAGAAAAGUACUUGAAAAGACCUUCUGUAGAGAAAAACUCAGGGGAAUUAAGAUCGGUGAACAUUUGUAUCUCGGGAAUCUUGCAAAGAACUUCAUUAUUCGCCUCAACCUUACUCAAUAUCCUGCUAUUGCAUCCUCUUCAACAACAUGAUCAACACUUGUUUUUUUAUACCGCUUUGUAA